GCGGUUAGCACUGAUGUUAUUGACUUGAUGUACAAUAAACACGCGUGGUGAAAAAAAUUGUUGAUUUUUCCCAUUUUUACUGCCAUGGUUGUUGUUGAAAUGAUGGGAAUUUUUUUUACGGUUGCUUUAAAGUCAUAAUUGUAUUGCGUGUCAGAAUUGGUAGUGUUUUCAUCCACGAAUAUGUCGGGUAAAAGUAUUACGACUACAAGUCCCACAUCUAGCAAAGGUAACUCUCCAAACAAGCUGGAAUUUGUUGUUGGAAAUAGAAUUGAAGCUAUGGACUACAUGUCUCAGUGGUAUGUGUCGAAAAUUGCCAAAGUUGACCUCAAGAAGAGGAAAAUCUUAAUCCACUUUGAAGGAUGGAACUCACGAUAUGAUGAAUGGGUGUCCUUUGAUAGCAAGAAAAUUCGACCUUUGCCAAAGGAAAAGAUGAAACCUAAGAUGAAAGGGAAAGAGUUAAAGCAGGAAUGGAAGCAAGGUGAUGCUGUUUCUGCAAAAUGGUCUGAUGGCACAUUCUAUCCUGCUAAAAUUGUCAGCGUCAUCUCAAAAGAGUUUUAUGAGGUUGAAUAUGAUGAUGGGUUUCAGAAAUUGAUACAUCGUGGUAAAAUACGAGAUAAAGAGAGAGCUUCCAAGGUGAAGAAGCCCCCUUCAGUUCCCCAUCUUCCCUUGCAUAAGAUUAAGCUAGCAGAGGAUCGAGCAAAACGAGCUCGUCGGCGAAGCGGAUUGGACACUCCAAUAGUGUCACCAAUGGUGUCACCAACAACCAGUGAGCCUUCAGAGGAGUCUGCAAAAAUCAUAGAAAAUAUUGAUUCUCAGAAACCAACUGAAGAAAAUCAUGAAACAAAGUUGGCCUCUUCUCCUACAAAGCCUUGUGAUGUUGCUGGUGUUGAAAAAUCUCAUGAAAUAAAAAACACCAAGACUAAAAGUAUGAAACCCAUUGAAUCCGGUUCCCAAAAAACAAGUGAAGCAAUCACCAAGAUAGAUGAUAUUUUAUUGAGCAGCGAUGCAGAUAAAAUGGAGGACUCUUCAAAGCACCAGCACUCAUCAGCCAAAGAUACCAAAUCGGACCAAUCUUCAACAAGAAAAUCAAUUUCAAAUGUAAUGUCACCACUCAGUGUAGAGGUCGAUUCAAAAACAGAUAUUCAUCAAGUCAUUGUCGCUGAUGAAGACAUGAAGAUCUUACAAUCAUCUGGAGUGCUCGGUUUGUUGAAUGUACAAGAACCUUGUGAUAUCCAGGAUAAGAGUUCGGUGAGCCCCAGGGCUUCUUGCACUGCGGCAGAAGAAGUUCUCUCAAAAUGUCAACUCCCGUCAGAGGUCACUGUUAACGUGAAAAAAGUUAAUAAACGUUCAACGCGGUAUAAAUACAAAGAAAAGCUUGUAGUUGACGAAAAGAAGAUGAUAAUUGACAAUAAAAAUACAAGUCCAAGUAAAGUUGAACAUAGAAGUAAUGAUAAUGAGGAUUUGGGUAAAUCCAAGUUGUCAAAAGUUUUGAAGCAUGUUAGCAAAAUUGAAAGUGAUGGAUUAUUGGGGUGUUCUGAGAGCAAUAACAGUAAAAUAACGAAUGUUGAUGAAUUAUUGGGGUCUUCUGAGAGCAAUAAUACUAAUUUGAAGCGUGAUGAUAAAACGGAUAUCGAGGAGAAGAAAUCCAAUGACUUCAAAUCGCAAAGAAAACUGUUCAUUUCUGACGGCAGUGUCGCUGAUAGUAGUGAUGUGACUAUUGCUGACAAGGCAAAAGGAGGAAAUUCAAUUAAAGACAAAUCACCUCACAAAGAUGCAUUCAAGGCAAAGAAACAGCGAUUGGAUCAAAUUACUGUAAAAUUAUCCAACCAGAGACAGACGCAGAUCACAGCCAAACAUGAAGUUAUAAAAAAGAAACUAGAUCAUCUCAAAUCAGAGGAGAUAAACAACAGAUCUGCGCAUGCGUCUCCACAAAACUAUCAACCGGUAUCUCCUAACCCUCCAACUUACUCCCAUAUGUCAGCACCUGCUCAUCGUAUAUCCCCUCAAUACAUGGAACGUUAUCCUGCGCCUGCAAUCAUAAGUUACGGCCCUCCCACUCAAUGUACAAGUCCAUGUUACACCUAUCCACCUGGAAGCGGCUAUCCACCAGGUAACUCGUGUCAAUAUCAACUAGGGGGGGUGCCAUGUGAGACAUACGUCGUUUAUGGUCCAGGCUCCCAACCUUCUUUUCCAGUCAUUACCUCGUCAAAUUCUUCUUCUCAAUGUAAUUGUCAUGCAUAUCCUCCACCUGUACUUCAUGAGUGCGGGCAACAGGGUUCUCCAUUGGUACGUCUGAUGCCAGUCGAUCAACGUGCUCUUCCUGGAUCGGUUGUUUACACACAAACCGCUGACCGUAGGAAUUUAUCGCCACGUGAUGUCACGUCCAAGUCAAUGAACUCUUAUGACAACCAAAUGAUCACACGUGCUCAUAAUGUAUCCAACAAAAGUGAGGAGGAAACUGGUGCUAGACAAGUAAAAUGCAUCGGUGAAGUAAACAGAGUGACAAGAAAAAGAGAGGUGUUGAACAGACCUGACACUCUCCUAACUCCAUACAACAAGACUAUAUCCUCCUCAUCCUCCUCAAUGGACGUCAACCUUACCACCCAUCUUUCCGCUCAUCUCACUAAAAGAAAACCACAGCACAUUCCAUCUAAAGCGCCAUUCAAUGUAAGAGUAGACCCCGAUGAUGUACCACUUAGUAGUUUGGUAUCUCCUUCAACUACCUCAAGCCACCCAACCAAAGAUAAAACUCCCACGGAAUCAAAGACACUUGAUUCAAAGACUCCUGUGACAAGUCCUUCGGAAGGUGUUUUUCUCAGAACUCCACUACCCCCUGAUGGUUAUCCCGGAAAGACAUCAAAGAAACCCCAUGUAUUUGCUCCCAAAGAACUGCGUAUAGAACUGGAUCAUAACAAGUUUAAAUGUGAAUAUCCUGAAUGCGAUAAAUCUUUCCGCAAAGCGUCUUUACUAGAGUCCCACGUCAAGUAUUAUCAUACUUCUGCAGCGGAGAAUAGACGGAAGCGGUCAUCAGCUUCGUGGAGCGAAGAAGACAUCGUUGACAGUUGUCAACAGAAGAAACGAACGAAGCGGCAGUCUACAUCAGAUAUUUCUGUUGGCUCAGUUGGUGAUUUAUCUAUGAAAGACCAGUCUCCUGUUGCUUUAGAUAUACAUGUCGAAGUGGAACGUGAUAUUGACGACGAAAUGGAGAUGGACAUUUCUGAUCCGAAAGACGAAGAAGAGGAUGUUGUGAGGUGUCUAUGUGGAGCCCUGGAAGAUUCUGGACUAAUGAUUCAGUGUGAACAAUGUUUUACUUGGCAGCACAGUGAAUGUGUAAACGUCGGUGAAGAACAAGUUCCAACGAAAUAUUUGUGUUACGUUUGUAAAAAUCCUCCAGGAUUACGAAAGAACGCUCGAUAUAAGAACAACUAUGACUGGUUCAAAACGGGGAUUUUACCUUCAUUUGCUUUACAUAAACAAAGUGAAGUGAAAAUGGUUCAAGCUCAGAUUACAAACUGUUUACUCUCUGAUUUACAUUCUCUCAACGCUCGGCUUAAAGGAGUGAAAAAAAAGAUUCAUAUUUUGAAAACUCCGGGUCACGAAGACUUGCUAAUGUGGGAGCAUAAACAAUACUUGACAGGUGAUGUUAGUUUAAGAAUUGAGGAAGAUAACUGCAAGAACGAAACGGAUUUUUCAGAGAAGAAAUUCCAUGAAGACAAGUUUUCUUUGAACAAUUCUACUUCCCUGGAAAAUGGUGUAACCACGAGCAAUAUGGAUAACUCAAGAGUGCAUUGUCAAGUGCAAAGAAAUAUGAUAAGUAAUGGUAUAAAUGGUAUUGUUGAUGAGGAUGGGAAUGAUUUCAAACGAGAAGAUGAUAAUGAUGCAAGUCAUGACGAGAAUUCCACUCAUGAUGUAGAAAAUUCCAAACAGAACGGAAGAGAUGCAACAUUUGAGGUUAAAGAAGUUAACGAUCCUCAGCUCGACAAAACUAUGUAUUGUAGUGAAGAUCUGGCAUUUAUCAACCUCCUUGAAGAAAUACAGGAGGAUCAUAAAAACAUUGACAAACAAUUCGACAAUUUGGAGGAGCAAGUUGAAAUUUUAGAGAAGUCAUUUAAGACAGGUAGUGACGAACGAAGACCGUCCAUACGAAAACUUGCGAAACAAUUAACCAAGUUGCUAAACAUGGGUCUACUUCCAUAGAUAAAUAGAAACAGGGUUUUAACUCUAAAGUAAUGUAUAUGCAGUAAAUUUUAUUUGUACAGUAAAGAGAAAUAUCUUUUUGUUCUUA